AUGUCCUUCAAUCCGAAUUAUGAAGAAAUCGGGAAUGCAUUCGUGCAACAUUAUUAUUCUAAGUUCGACGUCCCAGAUGUGGCAAUGCGAAGCAGUGGAUUAAGUGAUUUAUAUGAUCCACAGAAUUCGUACAUGACUUUCGAAGGAGUUCAGGCUAGGGGUCGUGAUGAGAUAUUGCAGAAAUUCACGAGUUUGACGUUCAAAGGGAUUCAGCGAGCGAUCACAAAAACAGAUUGUCAACCCUUACCCGAUGGAUCAAUUCUAGUAGCUGUUAUUGGCCAAUUAAAGUACGAGAAUUCGAAUGCUGUUGAGUAUCACUCAACUAGAGAAUCAUAUGCCAAAAGUGUAGAAGAUGAGAACGAAAUGGAUCAAAGUGUAGAGGUGGAACGUGAAAAAGAUGAAUUGCAGACAGACGAUGAUCCUGUACAGUCGUAUAAUCAAUUCUUCAUCCUUCGUCCAUCAUCCGGUGCUUUCUUCAUAUCGAACGAAAUCUUCCGUCUUGGAAAGAGGAUGAGUGGCACACAGAAGGCUGGUAAAGUGGCGACGAAAGGCCAAAAACGUAUUUAUGAGGACAAUACGUAUGCGAUUCGUGACUAUAGUAUUGCUGCAAUCAUUUCAUCGAUAUUUUAUGCAUCACUGUCGUUGACGAUAUUUUCUGCAUCAACACUAGAAUGGGUAGUGUUCUGUGUGUGUAUAUUUCUUCAGUUGGGAGCAGUUCUAACGAUGCGUUAUAUGGCACAGUGUAUAAGAAAUGAGAAAGGGCAGGUUAUUGAUGCGGGUAUUGAUUUAAAUCAGCCGGAUGCUUUCGGCGAAUAUUGCAAAGAUAUCGUCAUCUUAUGUUCUAGUAUCGUAGUAAUUGCAACAUUUUGGUCAAAAAUAUUUUGGUUAUUACUGCUGAUACCAGCAUAUGCUUGCUAUCGGAUUUGGACUGGUAUUCUUUCGCCAUGGUUUUUCGCACAACCUGAUGAUGAUGAUGAAAUUGAUGAGAAGAAACUCAGAAAAAAAGAACGUAAACUGCGCAAGGCUUAA